AUGGCGACAGAAGCUUUCACGGUGUCGCGAGACAGCCUGACGGGACCCAAAGGUGUCACGGCGUUAGUAACGGGCGGCUCAUCGGGCAUUGGCCUGCAAACAGUCAUUAUCCUCCAUGAGCUUGGCAACAAUGUCAUCGUCGUUGACAGAGCCCGACCUCAUCCUGCUGCGCCAAAGUCGUUGAUUUCAUCGCCUCGCUUUCUGUAUCAACAAUGCGACAUUACGUCAUGGAAGCAGCAGAGAGCCGCCUUCGAGGCUGGGUUCAAGAAGUUUGGUUCCAUUGAUUGCGUCUUUGUCAAUGCGGGCAUUGCCGAAUACAAGGACCAAUUCUUCAAGGACGAACUGGAUGCGGAGGGGCUGCUCAAGGAGCCUGAUAGGAGGGUCAUCGACAUUGACAUGCACGCGGCCAAUGACACGGCGAAGCUGGCCAUCCACUACAUGAGGAAGAAGGGAUCCGGCCAGAAGAGAGGCGGGAGCAUCGUCAUGACGGCCAGUCUAGCGGGUUAUUUGGCAAGUGCUGGGGCACCGUUGUACAGUGCCGCGAAACAUGGUAUCGUGGGCCUGAUGAGGGCGCUGAAGAACGACACAGCAACACUGGGGAUCGCAGUGUCUGUGGUCGCGCCAGGCAUCACGCUCACCGAUAUUAUCUCGGGCCGCAAACCCGAGGAGUCUCUGGCCAACUGGGCAAAAAGAAUGCGAGGAGUUGGCGUCCCCAUCAACGAUCCACAAGAAGUGGCAUGCUGCGUUGUGUACUUGAUGAGCCAGGGUAUGGAGGCCAACGGAAAAGGGUUGCUCGUUCAAGGUGGCCGGGCGGCAGACUUGGAGAAGGGCAUCGCGACGACGAGGAAGAGCUGGAUGGGCGAAGAGAUGUUGAAUUUGUUCCGAGGGGGACGGAAUGCACCAUUGUUUCCUAAUAAGCUGUAA